GGGGCGGGAGGGCACCGGCGGCCGGCGGGGCCUCUCAGGCCUCGCGUCCACCUGCCCGGCCGCACGCUCUCCCCUGGGUCGGCGGGGCCUGCGCCGGCCCGGACCCAUGGCGGCGUCGGCGGCUCUGUCGGCGGCGGCGGCGGCGGCGGCCCUGUCGGGCCUGGCGGUGCGGCUGUCGCGCUCGGCGGCGGCCCGCGGCUCGUACGGCGCCUUCUGCAAGGGGCUCACGCGCACCCUGAUCACCUUCUUCGACCUGGCCUGGCGGCUGCGCAUGAACUUCCCCUACUUCUACGUGGUGGCCUCGGUGAUGCUCAACGUCCGCCUGCAGGUGCGGAUCGAGUGAGCGGGCGCCGCCGCAGCCCCCGCCGGAGGGUCCCGCGCACCGGGCCGCGCGG